CACACACACACAUUCACACAUUCACACACGGACUCUCUGCACUGUUCGUGUGUAACUUUGAAACAACUUUAAAUCUAAGUUUAAGUCCUUAAAGACAUUUCUAAGCAAAGUAAAGCAAAGACGGCGUGUGUGCGUGCGCGUGUGUGCGCGCGCGUGUGUGUGUACAGACAUGUCGCGAGGAAUGGAUGCAGAGAGUAACAGUUAGGUAAGCUGGGUGUGGACAGGUGACUGACGCUAACGGAAAGAGACGGGACUACGUGCGUACACCGUAACGGUUCUUGGUCCGGGUUUGGUUCGGUUCCUCCUGUUGAAACCUCCCCGCCCCUCCAGCAGCCUUUUCCUCUCGAGUUUUACCCGCUUCUGCUGCCUCCACCGCCGGACUCUUCCUCGGUGUUCACCUCGGUGGAAGAAAUGUCGGAAGGAAAAACGGACAUUCCCAAUGAGCUGUCCGAGAGUGUGCGGGAGGCGGUGGGUCGGAGGGUGAAGCUGACCCUGAGGCGGAAAGUCCAGCUGGAGGUCAAAGCUGACAAAGUGGAGAACAGAGUGCUGGCUUUGGCGUCACAUCGAGCCUACCUGCUGACAGCUCGGGUCCCUUCAAAGGUCGAACACUCCUUCAGCUACCUGGAUAUCCAGGGAAUCAGCAGCAACAAGCCCACUCAGUUGGUGUUGGAGUCCGAGCGCGGUCCAUGGAGUCUGUGGCUGGGCUCUAUGGAGGAGGUGGACGAGGUGAUCGCUCACAUCGGCAACUGUCUGCAAAAGAUCUGUCCCGCAGCAUCACCUGUAAAGGUGAUGAAGUUGAGUCUGAAGCCCGCAGAGAGGACGGCAGCCCUGCAGGCCGUCUGGGACGAGCACAGCGCGGCUGAUCUGGGACCCUGCGGUGGAUUUUCUCAUCAGUACAGGUGUGUGUGUGAUUAUCUGGGUCUGCCGUUCAGAGAGGAGGUCCAAUGGGAUGUGGACACCAUCUAUCUGACCCAGGACACCAGAGAGCUCAACCUGCAGGACUUUGUUCACCUGGAGAACAGAGAUCUGGUGGCGAUCGUCGCAGCUCUGGAGUUCAACCAGUGGUUCACUAAAGUCUCCACCAAAGAUUACAAACUGUCCACAGAUGUGUGCGAUCAGAUCCUCCGAGUCGUGGCUCGAUCCAGUCGGUUGGAGGAGCUCCUGCUCGACAACGCUGGACUGAAAAGCGAUUUUGCUCAGAAACUGGCGAGCGCUCUGUCACACAACCCGGCGUCCACGCUACACACGAUCGAUCUGAGCAACAACUCCCUGGAGGACAAAGGUGUUUCUGCUCUGAGCGCUCAGCUCUCCAAACUGCCCCUGGGUCUGAAACAGCUGCACCUGUCCCGGACCUCCAUAUCCCCCAAAGGUGUGAACAGUCUCUGUCAGGCUCUCUGUAACAACCCGGCCGUGUCCUCCGCCCUCACUCACCUGGACCUGUCGGGAAACUCACUCAGAGGAGACGACCUGCAGAACCUGAGUAACUUCCUGAGUCACUCAAACGUCCUGCAGACUCUGGAUCUGUCCAACAGUGACUGCUCUCUGGAGCAGGUGUGUGCCUCUCUGCUGCGAGGAUCUUUGAAGCAUCUUUCCGUCCUCAACAUGUCAAAGAGUGUCUUCUCCCACAGGAAGUGCAAAGAGGUCCCUCCGUCCUUUAAGCAGUUCUUCAGCAGUGCUCAGGCUCUGACCUCCGUCAGUCUAUCGGGGACCAGGCUGCCUCUGGAGGCUCUUAAAGGAUUGUUGUUGGGUCUCGGCUGUAACCCCAACCUGAGCGACGUGUCUCUGGAUCUCAGCUGCUGUGAGCUGCGGUCGGCGGGCUCUCAGAUCCUGGAGGGCUGCAUCGCUGAGAUUCCCAACAUCACCAGUCUGGACCUUUCUGACAACAGUCUGGACAUGGAUCUGACCACCCUGCUGGUCUGGCUGGCGAAGAACCGUUCGAUCCGACACCUCUCACUGGGCAAGAACUUCAACAACAUCAAGUCCAAAAACGUGGCUCCGGUCCUGGACAACCUGGUUCAUAUGAUCCAAGAGGAGGAUUCACCGCUGACCUCUCUGUCUCUGGCCGACGCCAAGCUGAAGGCCGACCUCUCCAUCGUCCUCAACGCUCUGGGCAGCAACGCUUCUCUGACUACACUGGACAUCAGCGGGAACUCCAUGGGGGACAUGGGCGCCAAGAUGCUGGCUAAAGCUCUGCAGAUCAACACCAAGCUCAGGACGAUAGUGUGGGACAGAAACAGCGUGAGCCCUCAGGGUCUACAGGACGUGGCUGCUGCUCUGGAGAAGAACUACACCAUCCGUUUCAUGCCCAUCCCCAUCAUGGACGCCGCUCAGGCUCUGAAGGCGAGUCCGGAGAAGACGGAGGACGCCUUGCUGAAGAUGGAGCAGUACCUGCUGAGGAACCACGAAACCAGGAAGUACCUGCAGGGGCAGGCGUACAGGCUGCAUCAGGGGAUCGUCACGACGACCACACAGCAGAUGAUGGACACGAUGUGCGUGAAGGUUCAGGACCACCUGAACUCUCUGAGGUUCACAGAGACCGGCUCCGUGCAGGACGACAUGAAGGCAGCCGAGAACCUGAUGAAAGACGCCCGAAACUCCAAGACGCUGCUCCCGAACCUGUACCACCUGAAGAGCGGCGGCUCGAGGGGGGCAUGCAUGGGGGCCAUCCAGAACAAACUGGAGUCGAUGGCUGGAGAGGUGGCAAGGGUGAUGGACGAGCAGCUGCAGACGAUGCUGGCGUCGAUGGUGGAUGCAGCCGACAGUCUGUGUCCUCACGUGAUGAAGAGGAGCGGCCUUCGUCAGGAGCUGCUGAACGCCGGAGCGGGGAGGAUGAGCGUCCCCCGCAGCUUCAUCACCACCACGCUGCUGGAGCAGAGCGGGGUCGACAUCAUCAAUAAGAUCAGUGAGGUGAAGCUGAGCAUGGCGUCCUUUCUGUCUGAUCGCAUCGUGGACGAGAUCCUGGAGUCUCUGUCCAGAUCUCAGCACACUCUGACGGAUCACCUGGUCAGGAAGGCUCAGCCUCUGCUGCAUCAGGACCCUCGGCUGGAGACAGAAGUUCUGGAUGAGGAGGUUCUGCAGCCGGUGGACCACGACCAGGAGCAGAGACGGAGUCAGGACCGGCACAAGAAGCACAGGCUGGAGGACAUGGACACGUGCACGAUGACUCCGAAAUCCAAGAGGAAGAGCAUUCUGGUCCGGAUGCUACGGCCUGUAUCUGUGGCAUUUGCAGAGAUGGAGUUCGACCUGGACAAGGCUCUGGAAGAGGUUCCUAUCCACGUGGAGGACCCCACUCCUCCUCCUCCUCCUGCUUCUUCAAAGCCAACAGACAGAAUGUCUUCCUACUACGCAGACUUCCCCCCUCCUCACACUACCGUGGGUUCAUCAGCUGUCUGUUUGGGCGAGCUGCUGCCCGUCGAGCACAAGAUGCUCGAGCAUCACACCAAACUGCGACCAAAACCCAAGAAGAGGACGAGACCCAGCCGACCCCACCGGAAGGCCGCGACCGGCAGCGCAACACCACAUGAGGCCGAGCAGAACAGCAUCAUGGGAAAGUUGGACGAGGGCCUGGAUGACUUCUUCUCCAAGAAAGUCACCAAACUGAGCUUAAAACUCUCCAGUAUAAGGGGUCUGUCCUCCGGUGCUCAGGACCUAACAGACAAGAAACGUGAAUCCAGAAAAUCAGGUUUCUUUAACCUCCUAAAAAACCGGACAUCACGUUCUGAAAAAAGCCAUGGAGCUACCUCCAUCACUCCCCAUCACCUCACCUCCCCUUCUUCUUCCCCACACACCUCCUCCAUCAGCCCACUGAGUGAGGAGACUCCACCUAUGUUGCCCCCUGCUGGCCCUGUGGUGGAGCCUCGUCAGGAGCUCCUCAGGGCUCAAUCCUCGGACCACCCGGACUCUGAAAUGGAGGCUCCUAAGAAUGAUUCUGACGCUGCUGAGGAGGAGAAGGAGGAGAGCGUUGAGGGCAAUAAACUGGAGAAGGAGAACAGUGAGGAGGAGAACAUGCAGAAGAAAGAGAACCCACACGUCCCCCGACAUGUCGGUGUUCCUAUGAUGGGGAUGGACCUGAUGGCUGAGAUGAAGGCGAGGCAGGAGAGGAUGGCUGCAAAGAAGGCUCUGUGUGUCUGUUUUCAGUCGGAGUCUCUGUGUCUGAUGGACAAAGUCGACGGUGACACGGACAAGUCAGACGUCCAACCUGUUGUUACAGCCGACUCAGAGGAGUCCAAACCAGAGCCGGCUCCCCGCUCAAAACCUCCCAGCGUCACCCCCAAACCUCACCCACCUCAGGCCAUCAAACCCCCACUAGGGCCCCGGAUAUCUGGGCCAACCAGUCCCACCAUUCCUGGACCGAGCAGCAUUGUCAUGGAUGAGUCCUCUGAGGAUCCAGCAGGCUGCUUGUCUCCCAAAGGACCACUUCCUGCUCCUCGCCUGAAGAGGGCGCCGUCAGAGCAGGAGAGAGAGAGCACGAGCAGCGAGCCUGCAGGACCUCUGUCUCCGCUGGAGGUUGAGUCUCCCGUAGACGGCGAUGCGUUCGAGGCCCCCGAUGCUGCGGUUGAAUCCGGAGUCGGAGGCAGACAAUGGUCGUCUCUGAAGACUUCAGCCAGUCCUCCUGCUGCGAGCGAGGACGACCGUGAGCGAGCAAAGUCCCUCCCCGCCUACGCGAGUCCUCCUUCUCUGAAAGACACAGACGUCAGUCCAGCUGAGGAGGAGGUGACGUCUUCAGCCGACGACCUCAAGUCUGACCACAAGUCCGAGGACGAGUCUGAUGACACUCCCUCAGAGUGAAACCAACGACAUGAUGCUGCUUCACCUUCAAUCCCAGAGGAACGUUCAGGAGGUCAAAGAAGCACAGACAGACUUUGAAUUAUUUUUUUAUUUCUACACUUCUGAUGAGGAACAUGUGAGCAGCGGAGACUCUGUGACUUUCGUCGUGCUGUAGUGGAUGUUUCCUGACCGUGGCUGGAUGCUGAAGCAGCACGUCUCAGACUGUGACGGUAUCUCUGUUCUGCAGGUUAACUGAAGCGCCUACAUCAGACCCGUGUGGAGAUCUGACUGCUCAGAAUAACUGUCCACACUUUGGUUUCACUAAACCAAAGAGAGUUCAGACUUCCGCAGUAAAAACAAUAUAGAUCUAUAUUUACCAAACCUGCCUUCUGAUUCUGACUGCUGAACUGUGAACUCUAAUUAAAUAUCCUCAUGCACACGGUGACAUUCGGCAUUCAUUAGGAGGCCUUUUGUACAAUCAGAAAUAUUCCGUGUAUUAUAGGAAGCCAUAAAUGUGUUGAUGUCCUUUAUUUCAUAGACGAAGAUGUCCUCGUUUUUUCCUGCACGCUGACUUAUCUCAGCGCUCCUAAUGUGACCACACACCUGAUCAAACCUGAUCACACUUACUCUGCAGGUGAACAUUUGGUCCAAAAGUUCUGCACGUCACGUUGACUUUAAACUUUUAUUCCCACAUUGAAGAAUCAGUUUUCAUGCUGAACAUCACGACGUAGGUUCAGUUCUGCAGACUUCUCUAACUGGCAGUUUUCCACAAGACCCGUGUGUGCAUUGUUCCGUCUCCACCGUGGUUUCUCUCUGUCCGCCGGCAAGCGCUCUCCCGGGUGGGCUCUCCUGUUUGUGGAGGGUUAGUGCAGUGGAGCGUAGCCAUGAGUAGAUAGGCGUGUUCAGCGCCUGUUUUGGCGUAAUGUUGAGGAAGUGAUGGAAUAUACGUUCAGCAGUCUGCAUGUUUAUUUAUUUAGAAGUCGACAGGACGCUCUGUGCGUUUACUCGUCUGACUUUCUGUCUGCUCUGUUCACCUUGACCCGUGCUUGCAGCGAGCUCUGUCACUCGGCUUUAACUUCCCGUUGAACAUGUCACUCGGCUUUAACUUCCUGUUGAACAUGUCACUGAGCUUUAACUUCCUGUUGGACAUGUCACUCAUCUUUAACUUCCUGUUGGACAUGUCACUCAUCUUUAACUUCCUGUUGAACAUAUCCCUCAGCUUUAACUUCCUGUUCUUCUCUCACUGGUGGAUCAUCUGUACAUAUGUAAAUAAAUAUCGUGUCUUAAAGAGGUUUUAUCAUAUAGACUGUUCUUAUUGGUUUAUAAUUAUUAUCAUAUAAGUGUAAUAUUGGAUUAUGAUUUUAAACACGUGGGGGUUUUUAUGUUGAUGGGAAAAUUGGACUUUUUAAUGAAUGAAUAAUACAUUUUAUUGUUGAUAUUUCUGUAUUUGUUUGUUUAUAUCAAUAAAUCCUAUUUCACGGUU